AUGCCACCACAAAUCAAGCAAGACUUGAAUCGCAGUGGAUGGGAGACCACCGACUUUCCGUCCGUAUGCGAGAAGUGUCUCCCGGACAACCCAUACGUGCAAAUGUUGAAGGAAGACCAUGGAGCGGAAUGCAAGAUCUGUACCCGCCCGUUCACCAUCUUCCGCUGGAAGGCCGACCGCACUGCCCGCCAGAAGCGCACAAACAUCUGCUUGACAUGCGCGCGUCUCAAGAACUGUUGUCAGUGCUGCAUGCUAGACCUGUCCUUUGGUCUACCCAUCGUCGUCCGAGAUGCCGCGCUCAAGAUGGUAGCGCCAGGACCGCAAAGCGACAUCAACCGACAGUACUAUGCGCAAGAACACGAGAGGGAAAUUGAAGAGGGCAGGGGAGCGAUGGAGGCGUACGAGAAGACAGACGAGAAGGCGCGCGAACUGCUCAAGCGACUGGCACAGAGCGAGCCAUACUACAAGAAGCAGAGGCGGCUAGAGGCAGAAGGUGAGGAGAGCAGUGGCCAAAAAGCAUUACCAGCGCCUGGAGGAUCCGGUGAGAGUAGUGGAAGCGGACGCGCUCCAGGGCCGAUCAGGACAAGGGACACAAGAGGCACAUUCAGUGGACGAGGAGGCGCGAGGCCUGCAAGAGGCGGACGCAUGGGAGGGCCCGCUGCAGAACCGAGCCCGCAGGACUGGCUGCCACCGUCUGAUCCGAACGUUGCGUCUCUCUUUGUGACUGGAGUCGAGGAUGACCUUCCCGAACACGAGCUCCGCACCCACUUCGCACAAUACGGGAAACUUCGGUCUCUUGUUUGUUCACAUCGAGCACAUUGCGCCUACGUCAACUAUGUCAACAGGCAAGACGCGGAGAAUGCAGCAGAGACACUCAAGGGCAAAGUCGUGAUCAAGGGCUGUCCAAUGAGGGUCACCUGGGGCAAGCCGAAACAAUUGGAUAGCCUGGAUCAGAAUGUGCGCAUGCAGUAUGCCAAGGAAGGACGACAGGCUGCUGGCCCACGCCGGACUGCUGCUGCUCAAGCGGCUAUGGAAGCUGCACCGCAGAACAACUUGGAUAGCAUGACCAUUGCACCUCCGCCAGGAGCAGAUGAGGAGACUGAUUAUGCCACUUUGAGGGGCGAAUGA